AUGUGGGAGGAAAUUCCCAAUAACGACCAAGCCAACGAUUCUUUUGGUAACAUGUUAAUAGAGUGCUUUUCAUUACCAUGGUUAUCAAAAAAUGAAGGUGAUCAGCUGGAAUAUAUUUGCAGCACAUGUGUGGAUAGAUUACAGAGCGCUUUGCAUUUUAAGAGAGAGAUAAUUGCUUCUGAGCAGGUUCUUAAAGGUUUUUUAUUCCAAUCGGACAUACAAAUUGAAGUUAUCACAGAAGAAGAUUCAAUUGUCGCUAAAAAUGACUAUAUAGAAAAUUUGGAUAUUAAGACUGAAGUUUCAGAAGGAGAAAUAUCUGCUUUGGAUAAAGAAAAUAGUGAUAAAACAGAUCUUGAACCAACACAGAAACGAAAGUGGCCUAAAAAAAGAAGAGGUGCUGAUCGUUUAAGAGUUUACAAAAAAUAUACACAGUUGGAUUUACGUGAAGCUAUUGUGUCGGUGAGAAGUGAAAAAAUGACAUUUAAGGAGGCUUGUAAUGAAUACAAUAUUCCCCGGAACACACUCAAAAGCAAUCUAAGCAAAGCUGAUAUUAUAUCUGAAGAUCAGAAUGUUUCAUGUGAUGAUAAGAGUAAUAAGGAAAGAAACUUCAGAAUUAUUGAAGAAAUAAAAAUGAUAUUAAAGUAUACAAAUGCUAUACCAUUUAAAACAAAAACUGCAAAAUACUACUGUGCAUAUUGCUCAACCAGUGGUCCCAUGUUUCAAGAUGCAGAUGAAUUAAGAAUCCACACAAAGGUUCAUGAAAAAGAACGACUACAGGAAGUGGAUCAUUUCAUGAGACCCUAUUGGCUAAAUGAAAUUUUGAAGCUUGAUGUUUUGAAUUUAACUUGUACCAUAUGCAAUACUAAACUUCAGGACUGGAAUCAAAUGUUCCAUCAUUUCGACUCGGAACAUGGUAUUGAAUUUGACGAAGCAUACACUAAAGUUGUGCCUUAUAAUCUAUCUGAGCCAAUGCAAUGUGUAUUAUGCCAUGACGACUUCCCAAAUUUUCAUAACCUUGAUGGCCAUAUGAAUGCCCAUUACAAUAACUACAUAUGCCCAACAUGUGGGGAUACUUUUGUUGCUAAAUGUCGUUUGGAGAAACAUUUACAAGUACAUCAUCAAGGAGAGUUUCAAUGUGAAGAAUGUAAAAAAGUAUUCACUUUAGACAAAUAUCGUGCUAAGCAUUAUAAAUUGGUUCAUAAAAGAAAUACUAUAAGGUGUAUAUUAUGCCCAAAAGUAUUUAAUACAGUUUCUGAACAGAAUGCACACUUAGUGGAACAACACAAAGACAAUUCUAAUAUAUACAUUUGCGAGUACUGUGGUCGUUCAUAUACACAUAAAAAAAACUUUAUUAAACAUCUAAGUAGGAAGAAAUAUAAGUGUGAGGAUUGUGAUAAAAGAUUUAUAAGUUUUAAAAGCUUAAAAACACACAAAGUAAUAUGUGAUAGAAAUACUUGUUGA